CGCCGCCCGCCUGUCAACUAACGGGGGCAGCGGCUCCUUAGCAAGAGAUGGAGUCUGAUUCAGGGUCGAAGCAAGUAUCGGGGUCUCCCGGGUGCCUGACUUCGGGGCACAGCUCCCUUCUGAGCCCGAUGCCCCUGUCUCCGGACGCGCUGCAGUUUGAUGAAGAUGAUGAUCUGGAGGUGUUCAGUAAGGAUGCAGCACUUACUGAUGGUAAUUCAUUUAGUCCUUUAAUGCUAGCAUCUCCAUCAUCCAUGAUAAAUCAAUACAAAUUUGAAGAUGAACCUGAUGUCAAGGAUAUUUUCAUUACUGUUGAUGAGCCAGAAAGCCAUGUAAAUGCAAUUGAAACAUUUAUUACGUACAGAAUUGCUACAAAGACAUCUCGCAGUCAGUUUGACUCAAGUGAGUUUGAAGUCCGAAGGAGGUAUCAAGAUUUCCUAUGGCUAAAAAGUAGACUAGAAGAUGCCCAUCCUACCUUAAUAAUACCACCCCUUCCAGAGAAAUUUAUAGUUAGAGGAAUGGUGGAACGAUUUACUGAGGAAUUCAUUGAGACUCGAAGAAAAGCUUUACAUAAAUUUUUGAACAGGAUUGCAGAUCAUCCAACAUUAACGUUUAAUGAAGACUUCAAGAUUUUCCUCACUGCUCAAGCAUGGGAGUUAACGUCUCACAAGAAACAAGGGCCUGGUCUCUUCAGCAGAAUGGGUCAGACGAUCAAGGCUGUGGCUUCAUCUGUGAGGGGUGUAAAAAAUCGGCCUGACGAGUUUACAGAAUUAGGAGAAUACGUGGAUGCUUUCAGUCAGAAAAUAAAUGUACUAGAUAAAAUAUCCCAAAGAAUUUAUAAAGAACAAAAAGACUAUUAUGAGGAAUUGAAGGAGUAUGGCCCUGUCUACACUUUGUGGUCUGCAUCUGAGGAAGAACUUGUAGACUCUUUAAAAGGGAUGGCUAGCUGCAUUGAUAAGUGCUGCAAAGUCACAGAUACCCUGAAUUUGAAACUCUCGGGAGAAUUAAUUCCAAUCAUUCACGAGUAUGUUCUGUACAGUGAAACACUUUCUGGGGUGUUGAAAAGAAGGGACCAAAUACAGGCUGAGUAUGAUUAUAAAGUUGAAGCGUCGACCACCAAAAAGGCAGAUAAUACAGACAAUCUUAAAGAAGAGAUUGAGAAGCUUGAAGAUAAAGCUGAAUGUGCAAAUAAUGCUCUGAAAGCCGACUGGGAAAGAUGGAAGCAAAAUAUGCAGACCGAUUUAAAUGUGACUUUUACUAAUAUGGCGGAAAACAGGAUCAGCCAUUAUGAAGAGUGCCUUGCCUUAUGGGAGUCAUUCCUUUCUUCUCAAACAUGUGAUUUUCAAAUGGACACAAAAGAAGAGGAGAAAUUCUGAAUCUCUACAAUUAAUUAUAUGCUCUAGCACACUAUAUUGCUGACUGACCAAAGACUUGUUUCUUAACAGUGGCCAUUUUUAAGUUUAACUAUUUCUAUUCCAUUUGAAUCUGUGUCACUACAAAGGCACUUGGCAUAACCAACUCUUUUCUUCCAAUACGAUGAACUGACAGUUAAUUCAGGGAUCAAGUGUUUCAUUAUCAAGCUAUUCAUUAAUAUUUUAUAUGUGUAAAACAACAGUAUUUUGAAAGGGCUAUGUAAAUCAUGUGUGUCUUUCUUGAAAUGUUUGUAUUUAGUGAAUGUUUUAAAUAUUAUGUAAAACAAAUCAUUUUAAUUAAAACAUAUUUCUUAUACUUCA